CUGGGACAAGCUCAGGAACAUAGUUCAGCACCAGCAGCCCCCAGGGCUGUAGGACACACUCCUGCCACCACCACCGAUGUUAAUAAAGAGGGCUCCAGCUGCCCCGGCUUGCCCCAAUAAUGAUUUACUAGCCGGGGGGGCCACUCCCCGCCUCCGCCCCGCGGACCUUGGAGCCGGGGCCUGGCUACACUGUGGCUUCUCUCCAUCGGAAAUGUUUUCGCUGGGGUCCUGGCUCCCGCCGCUGCCCGGGCUGGCGUGGGGCUGGGCGCUGCUGGAUGCGCUCCUGCAAGGUGAGAUUCCCCCGAGGGUGGCCUGGGGUCAGCCUGGGGACAGCCCAGGUGACACCAGUCACCCACUGCUGCCUUUCCCUGCAGGGCUGGUGGGUGCCUGUGCCGUCUCGGUGCUCUGCAGCCUCCUGAAGGUUUAUCUCUACAUCCAGUGCGUGAACAGCCCGGAGAGGCAGGCGGAGAAGGAGGCGAUCGCGGCGCGGCGGCCGCUGCUGGGGCUGCUGCACGUGCUGGUGCUGACCGCUCUCCUGGCCCUGGUGGGCUCCCGGGUGGCUGCGCUGGUGGUGCUGGAGUUCUCCCUGCGCGCCCUCUCCACCAUCCUCUCCCUCGGCAAGGGCGCCCACAGCAGCCAGCUCUACCUGCUGUGCCAGUACUCGCUGGGCUGCGGGGUGUCCUGCGGGCUCAGCUUCCUGCUGGAGGGGGCUCCGCACCGCAGCUGGAACCUGGCGCUGGCGGCGGGGCUGGCGGGGCUGCUGGCGCUGCACGCCCGGCGCCUGGCCCGGCACGUCUGCGCCCUGUACGAGCUGCACUCCCGGGAGCGCUACUGCGGCGUCUGCAUCCUGCUGCUGGCCGCGGGGCACGGCAUCCCGCGCCUGCUGCGCCGCGCCCUGGCCCUCACCUUCGCCGUGGCCGACCUGGCCGCCGUGGAGCUCAUCAACCGCGACUUCCUCUCCACGGGAGAGGCCGUGCGCUUCUGGACCCCGCUGACCAUCUGCUACACCCUGCUGGUCGUCUACAUGCAGGAGGAGUCCCGGCAGAGCACGGGCAGGGGGUCGGUGUUCCGGACCGUGCUGGUGCGGAUGGGCGGCCUCUUCAUCCUCCUCCUCACCGUGGGCCGAUGGACCGACAUCCUGCACGUCUUGGUGUCGCUGCUGGGGGAGCUCUGGUGCCUGCUCCGCUCCGGGGUCCUGCUGGAGUCCUGCUGGCGGCAGGAUUUUGCUCAGCAGCCUCGCUUGGAUGGUUUGUCGGGAUCCAGACCGGAGGAGACGGGAUCCAGACCGGAGGGGACGCCCCGAUGAGCCGCGGGGUGU